AUGAGUAUUCGGAUCAAUGCAACCGUUCAGGAGGCCCGGACUGCCGCAAAUCACAGCCAAGAGCAAUGGGACCGCUUCUAUUUCAUCACGAAGGACGAGGCUAGGCAGCUCGCAGAGGCGCACCCAGACUGGAAAAGAUGGAUACUGAUACCUGCGAACGAGAAGGAACAAAUGCUGGAGAGGAUCAAUGCUCGACUACGCGCAGAAGGGAUCCCGGCCGUGGAAAUGAUCAUUCUGAAAUGGCGAGUGUCCCAGCUCCUGCGAGACAUUCAGCGGAAAUACGAGGCAGGGAGUAUGCUGCAGGGUAUGCCCGUUGCAAACUCGGGGUCGGGAUCGCCAAUACAAGUACAGACAAGCCAGAUUCAGUCGGAUGGCAGCUUGCAAUCGUCAAGCCCACAACGUUCGGAAUAUUCGCCUAGCGAGACGCGCCCAUACGACCCAAUACGGGAUGUAUAG